AUGUCUGUCUUGUUCCUUUUGUUCUUUAAUGUCCUUGUGUGGGCCGCUGGCGAAAAGCUCAGCUAUGUCAAAGAACCACCACAAGUCUACGUCGCCCCGAAGCCUGCAAACGUCACGACAUUAUUAGAUUUCAUCGACUCGAGAGAGGAUCUUUCAAACUUGUCACAGAUUUUGAGAGAGCCAGCGGGCUUUGUCAAGGCAUUCGACACUGCUCCCACUUGGUCUUUUACUUUCUUCGCUCCCAGUAACGAGGCCUUUGAACACACCGGCGCCUACUAUUCCUCAUUUGCUGCAACACCAAAAGGCAAAUGGUGGAUUGGUAAUUUGAUCAACCAUCACUACAUCCCUAAUUCGAAGUUGACAAGCAGUAACUUCAAUUCAACCUUGUCACGUGUGCAGACUGCAAGUUAUCUUUAUAUUAGUACAAUCAUGGACGAAGGUGGUCAAGUGAAGAUCAACAAUGUUGCAACCGUCACCGGACCAGACAAUUCAGUCACAAGUGUAACUCAACUGUUACUUGUCGCAGUUACCUUCCUCGGCACUUGCUCAGAUGCAAGUGUCAAUGAUGUUCCGGGCAUAUAUGGACCUCUUCCAGUGAUAGCUGUCUCUAAUGUGGACAACAUCAAUCCUUACCUCAAAAGGCACCCAGGUGAUUUUGCUCAUCCCGGCCUCUGGCACUCACACGACGACCUGGAGCGUAUUCGCAACAAUGUUCUGUCCAAUAAGGAACCUUGGGCAUCCACUUUCGCCAACUUCAGUACCGACGCCCAUUCCCUUUCAAAUUAUACCAUGAAAGGACCAUACUCUGUCCUUUCGCGAGGGAAAAUCAGCAACUACACCUCAUUCGCUAGUGAUUCACGUGCUGCAUGGCAAAACGCCAUGAUGUGGUAUAUUACCAAAGAUCAGGCUCAUUGGGAUCGCAGUACCUCGAUCCUAGACGCCUGGGGGUCCAACUUGACAGGUAUCAUUGGUACCGAUCGCUCAUUAUUGAUCGGGUUAGACGGAGAUCUUUUCGUCAAUGCAGCUGAAAUAAUGCGUUGGGAGGGCAACUGGACUGAAGCGGGUGCUUCGUGGCGAGGAGGCACCGGCUUCAGUAAUCAGUUAUAUUGGCUGUUUUCUCGACAGGCAGCUGUCAUAGGACAGGCAAACUACGGUAUGGUCAGCAUCAAGUCUUUGUUGAGCUUUGCGGUCUACUUGGAUGACGUCACUCUAUACAAUUAUGCCAUGAACGCUUUCAUCAAUGACCCCUGUGCUGGUGUCUUCGCCAUGUACAAACCGUCGACUGGACAAUCCGUGGAAUCAGGUCGCGAUCAAGGUACCUAUCACCCGCUCAGUGCACUAUCAUCUCCGGAUGAACGAAGCAAGCUUAUUCUGAUGUAUGAACCAGGUCACACAAUAUCUGGUAUUGCAUGGACUGCAUAUGCAGCUCGGGUGGCACAAACUCAAGGGGUAGACCUCUACAAGCUUGGAGACAAUCUUUUGCUCAAGGCAUCCGAAUAUUCUGCAGCAUAUAAUCUCAACGAGACCGUCACUUAUGAUCCAGCAUGGCAUAGGUGUGAAGCAGUCCUGGUUGGGGCUCCGUGGGCCACUAUCGCCGAAUAUAAUAGAGGAAUAUCUAAUGCGCUACCGGCUUGGGAUAUACUGUACUACCAAUACGUUGUUAAGCGUAAGUUGAAGGCACCGUGGACCACCAAGGCUCAGAGUGAGGAAGGUCCGGAGGGAGCUGUGGCAACGAAUGAUCACCCAAGCUGGGGAGGACUUAUUUGGGCUUACUAG